UUGUCAGUGUUGUGUCAAAUACACAGAAACAAAAGACACAAACACUUACAGCGCUAGAUAUGCUCUCGCGUCUACCGGCUCUGAGAAGGAGAGACAUUUAUUCCAGAUGAUCACUCUUAGUGAUGGUAGAGGAGAAGAGGAAACAUGCCCCAGGAAAUGAAAUGAUUGACCUCCAUUUGAAGCACUUUUCUGCUCAGGUUCAUCACUCACAAAGGUGUGACCGCUCGGAUCAACGCACAAGGGAAACCAACGAGCACGCAUCUCAAAGAGCUCACGUGACGGAGUUUUGAGUUUGAGUCUGCUCGACAUCCUUCUACAGUUUUUUUAUUCCAAAGUAGAUCCUCAGCCCCAACGUGAACCCACCAUGUCCGGGAAGGAGCGCAGCCCCCGCCAUCGACCCUGGUCGGUGUACCGGGCCAACACGUUUGAGCUAUCAGCUGAGAUUAUGGGACUGGCUCUCUCAGGCAGCAGUCAGGAUCCAGACGAGCCUGUGCUGGAGUUUAGUGUGGCCUGCAGCGAGCUGGUCACUCCCUCUCUGGACCGCAAGCCAACCAGCUUCGUCGCCAUCAGCUGCACCACUCCGCCUCAGGCCUUCUGGACCAAGCACGCUCAAACUGAAAUCAUAGAGACCACCAGUAACCCUAUCUUCCUGAGCAGCGUGGCGUUCUUUCAGGACUCUCUGAUCACUCAGCAGACGCAGGUCAAGCUUUCUGUCUACGAUGUUAAGGACCGCACUCAGGGCACGAUGUACAUGCUUGGCUCCUCCAUGUUUUCUGUGAAGGAGCUGCUGCAGGACAAACACCACAGACUGCACCUGACUCUCAGGUCAGCGGAGAACGAGCGCGUGGGGAACAUCACUGUCAUCGCCUGGCAGAUAGAGGAGAAGCGCGAGCAGAGAGCUCCUGUUGCAAGAUUACAGAGAGGAGACACUGUUAAUGGAAGAAUGGUUCUCUCUGUUGAUGCAAGCCUGACUGAACCCGCCAGCAUGAAAUCCAAGUCUUCAUCUCUGUGUAAAGACCCGCUGCUGAAGGCUGUGUUUGGGGGCGUGAUGUCUCGAACGUACCGGUUCCCCACCACGGACGGCAACCACCUUCGGAUCCUGGAGCAGAUGGCGGAGAGUGCGCUCUCCCUGCAUAUUCCUCGACAGUUUGUCAAACUGCUGCUGGAGGAAGACGCCGUCAGGGUGUGUGAGCUGGAGGAGCUGGGAGAGCUGUCUGCAUGUUGGGAGAACCUCAGGAGGCAGAUCAUCACUCAGUACCAGACCAUCAUCCUCACCUACCAGGAGACCAUAAGUGACCUGCACGAAUACAAAGGUCCUUCAUUUAAGUCGAGUACCUUGAAAGCUGAGAGGAAGUUGGAGUUUAUUCCUACUAACCUGCACAUCCAGAGGAUGAGAGUACAGGGAGAGUCUGGCUAUGACCGGACGUACGAUGUUGUGACUAUCGGUGCUCCUGCGGCUCAUCAUCAGGGCUUUAAAGGCUGCGGCCUCCGAAAACUUCUGCACAAACUUGAAGAAACCAGGAAACAGACUUAUCAGGAGGAAAGCUCUGCUGGCUCCGGCUCUAAAGGAAUGACAUACCAGCCUCAGGAUGUUGUGAAAGCGAAGGAGCUGAUUGGUCAAAUAAACACUCUGAAGACACAGGUGUGUUACUACACUGAACGUCUGUCUCGAGCCGCCAAGGAACGCUCUGCCAACGCUCUGGAGAGAACGCUGGCCAUCCUAACAGAGAAGACUCGUCAGCUGGUGACCGUGUGCGACUCUAAGCUGCUGUCCUCAGCCAUUCUCGCCCUGGCUGCUGCCCGCCCAGAGUCCACUCAGCAAAGCACCCCGUCCCCGUCCUCCUCCUCCCUUUCACCUUCUUCUCGUCCCCCAUCGCGCUCCCCCUCCCCUCGCCACACAGCCUCCCCGUCCCGUGCCGCCACCUCGCCCUCUCGCCAUGCAGCUCCUCCGGAGAGCGGCGAAGGGAGUAGAAACAAGCGUGCCUCCUUGCAGGCAGAGUUGCACGAGGAGGAGUGGGACAAGGUUUGGCUUAAUGUUAAUAAGAGCCUGGACUGUGUGAUCCAGAGGGUGGACAUGCUGCUGCAGCGAGACAAACUCCAGAGCGACAGCAGCUCGGAGGAUGUCUUCCUGCUCGCCAGCGAGGAGCCGGGUAAAACUAAGAAAGAUAUCAGCCCCGAGGUAGAAAAGAAGUCUCCAGGUGAGUGGAGCGACGCUCUCUACCCUCUCCUAUCCACGCUGACGGAUUGUGCGUCUCUGAUGAGCGACAAAGCCAAGAAGGCCAUGGUGUUUCUGCUGAUGCAGGACAGCGCCCCCACCAUCGCCAUGAGCCUCACCCUGCAGUACCGCCGCGACGUCGUCUUCUGCCAGACGCUGACGGCGCUGAUCUGCGGCUUCAUCAUCAAACUGAGGAACUCUCUCUGUGACUCGGGCUUCCUCCGGCAGCUGCACACCAUCGGUUUACUGGUGCAGUACGAGGGCCUGCUCAGCACCUAUGGUGAGGAGCUGGCCAUGUUGGAGGAUAUGAGCGUGGGAGUGAUGGACCUGAGAAAUGUCACCUUUAAAGUUACCCAGGCGACUUCCAGCUUCGCCCCGGACAUGCUGCCGGUGAUCACGGGAAACAGGAACGGCUUCAACGUCAGGGUCCCGAUGCCCGGGGCGAUGUUUGACACGCUGCCACGAGAGAUCCAGAACGGGAUGCUGCUGCGCGUGCAGCCCGUACUGUUCAAUGUGGGGAUCAACGAGCAGCAGACGCUGGCUGAGAAGUUUGGAGACACGUCACUACAAGAGGUGAUCAACAUGGAGAACUCGACCCGCCUCAGCUCGUACUUCGACCAGUUUAAAGAAGUUCUGGCUGAAGACUGCCUGCCUCGCUCCCGCAGCACCACCAGUGUGCUCGAGCUGCUUAAACAGCUGAGCCAGAACGUGAACUCCAAGAAAAGCAAGAACGUGGAGAUUUUGUGGCAAGCUGCCGAGGCGUGUCGGCGCCUGAACGGAGUGCGUUUCACCAGCUGUAAGAGCGCCAAGGACCGCACAGCCAUGUCCCUGACCCUGGAGCAGUGUCAGAUCCUGCAGACGGAGCACGCCCUCGCCCCGCAGGUCUUCUACCAGGCCUUGGACUGUAUGCGCAGUGAGGGCUGCAGGAGAGAGAACACCAUGAAGAAUGUGGGAUGUCGUAAAUACGCCUUUAACGCUCUGCAGCUCAAGGCCUUCCCCAAACAAUACCGCCCUCCAGAGGGGACGUACGGGAAGGUUGAGACCUAAGGGGACUCCUCUAACUGCAGGAAAACCAAAAGACUGACAGGGAUCAUGAUGACAGCACCACACAAAAAAAUUACCAAACACAAACUGGAACAACACCCCUUUGUUUUGUGCUUAGUCACUGUUAAGAUGAUUAAUGUCCAAGUGCCAGUGCUACUGUAGAUUGAUUUAAAGCAGUCUCCCGUCUCUUCCAGUAGUGCUAGAAUCACACACUCGUCACAGCCACUUCACACACGGAAACAGUAAAGAUGGCUUUUUGUGUUACAUUGUAGCCGGUGUGCAGACAACACUGUGGGCAUCUGUACCAGUCGUAGCAUCAGGAGUAAAUUGUGUCCCUAGAAAUAAGAUGUGCAAAUGUCUCAGCAUUUAGAAAGGUGAUGCGGGACACAUCUGUCCAUCUGUUUGUCAGGUAAAGGACGAGGCUGUAGAUAGUGUACAAGUUUCUUAAUGCCAACAAAUCAAAUGCAAAGACUAAAACAAACAAUGAACAUUGUUGUCUCACGUGUCAUUACGGUGAACUGUAGUUCAUUUUGAGUAAAUCCCACAUACGCCAUGCUACUGAUGUAAAACCCAUUAACUCACCAAAUGAGUAUUAAUCCGCCCCUGAAAAUAGACCCUAACAAAUGUUUACUCCUGCUCAACCAUUUGUGUUUGAGGAAACGAAUAAGCACUUUUUAAAGAUGGUUGAUUUUGGUCUUUUCAUGUAGUUUGUCGACAAUGAGAAAAAUAAAGGCUUUAAGGCUACAUCAGGCAAAAUGUAACACAACGUGAAGCAUUGACUUCCUGCAGAUCGCAUCUUCAUUUGUGGAGUAUGAGCAGUUUCUACCAGAGGUGACAGUUUAAUGGUAACAGUGGAAGUGUGUGAUCAUGUGGAGAUUGUGAAAUAUAUUUUUAAGACUGCUGCCUACAUGUGAAGUUGCCUAGUGUAGCUUGAAUGAGAUGAUCAAGUCUUUGCCUGUACACAUAUUUCUCUGGACAUGAGCUGCGCUGCAGAAUGACAGCUGUUGAAGUCAAAGCACUUAUUUGAUUUAUUUCAGUGCUUUCAGCCUGUUGUCUGUUUCCCUCCCAAUGUUCCUCCUUCCUGUCUUUCUUCUUCAAUCACAUAUUCACCACCAUAUCACUCUCUACAACGAGCACGUAUCUGACUCCACCGUAUAACAGUGAUGUCUCAUCUAAUGUGAUUUCUGAAGCUGCACUGUAAGCAUCGAUGGGGAACUGGUUAACCUGCAUGAAGAUCAUUUAAAAAAAAGAAAUGCUAUUACUGCAAUUGUAUACUGUUGCGAUUAAGAGUUUGAUCACUUGAUAGAUGUUUUUAGACUGAAGUGAAAUAAUGCAUAUUGCAUUUUUCUCCCGACCAUCAACAACAACUUCUGUUUACCAGCUCCGGCCUCCGACGUACCUUCUUGUACAAAACCUACAGAGACAGUGAAUUUUUAUUUUGAAAAUGUUAUUUUGCCUACAGUUAUUUAUGUUGAUAUGGCUGUUGUUGCCAAACGCUGUUAUAGUUUUAUUCAUUGUUUUUGGGACGUUGGGAGACACCUGCACCCACACAGAGGGAUGAAGACAGACUGGAUAACGAAUAAAGACUUGUCAAUGCCAAAU